UGCGCCGAUGACGUGGGCACGUGGAUCCCGGCACAUGUUGACGCUCGUAAAGUGAGCGGGGGAAGAGCGAAAGCGAGGAAGAAAGCGCAAGCAAACGCACACGCAAGGCGACACAAGCUAAAGGCAACGCACGCCCGGCUGGAGUUGACGUGCGGAUGCGAGUGCGACCGAGUUGAGACCGGUCGCCCAAAUGCUACUCGGCUCACCCUGCACGGCUCACUGACGGAAACAAGUCGGCGGCGAAACCCAGCUACUAUUGUUGUGUUUUGUAUCGUGAAAGCACCGAGUGGAGGAGAUGCAGUCCCAGGGCAGCACGUCGUCCCAACCCUCCUUGGACUCACUCAGCUCCAGCGACAGCCUCCUCUUCAGCGACUCUGACAACGCCGACGUCUUCCUAACCGACGCCUCUUCCUCGGCCCUCCUGGAGGCAGCGGUGGCGGCGGCGGGUCCGAUGGCGGGGGGUCCGGCGGCGGCCGACGCCCGCGCCGGCCGGGCCGCUAACAGCCCCGCCUCGCAGUGGGCCUGUGACGGCUACGCCGACAAAGAGCAAGAGGAGGAGGACGGCGCCUCGCCGGCCCAGAAUCCUAAGUCGCAGGGCGACCUGCUGUUUGCUCAGAAGUGUGCUGAGCUUCAGGGUUUCGUCAGGCCCCUGCUGGAGCUGCUCAACGGGCUCAAGAAGGGCCGAUUUGACCGUGGUCUGAGUAGUUUUCAGCAGAGCGUCGCCAUGGAUCGCAUCCAGCGGAUUGUGGGGGUCUUGCAGAACCCAAACAGCGGGGCGCGCUACCUCAACACGCUUCUCCAAGUGGAGAUGAUGCUGAAGCUGUGGUUUCCUCAGAUCGCCGCCCUCCCGCCGUCAUCUGCCGCUGCCGCCACUUCACCCGCCUGCCCCGCAGCGGACGCCACGCCCCCGCACAAGCACAGGGAUCAGUUGCAUAUCCCGGUCAAGAAACGCCGACUCAGCUGGACAGGAACCGACUCCCCUACGUCCUCUCCGGGCCUCCCCAAGUGCCCUCGCCUUAGUGCGCAAGAGAAGCAUCUUCCAGACGACAGCGAGGAAGAGACACAAACGGAAGCCACGGAAGGCGGCCCCUGCCCCCCACCACCAGCACCCCCCCUCCUCCUCCUCCUCCGUCGUUGUUAUUGCCGCCGCCACACCAGAAUUCUGCAAAGGGAAACGCCAGCGACUCUGACGGUUCGGGUAACCUGUCAGAGUACAAAACGGCUUGUGGUUCUGAGCCCAGCCUCACGUGGGUGCACGUUGCCCCCAUCCUGUCCCCGAGGAAGACGGGCGCGGCAGCGGCGGCCACGCAGGACAGCGCCGUGUCCUCCACCACGCCCCCCGAGCACAGCAAGAAUCUCGAGAAAGCCGCACGCUGCCAAAGCCACGCAGCCGCUGCCGACGAGCAAGGAGGUGAAGACCAUCAGGACCCGGGCGCGCCCUCUGAGACCUGAGUGAAUAACGCAGCCAGAGCAAAAUCAAACGCGUGUUGAUAAUCACAAAUUGUGUCAAAAUGUGCAAAGAAAUCAUGGAGGAGAGUAGCAAGUCAAGUGAAAUCUCAAACAAGAUGACUUAGUGGAGCACUUCCUGUCAGGAGAGGAAGUGGCAGACACCUUUUACAGGUUGUACAUAUCCACAGCAAGAAAAAAAGCAAAUGGCGUUUGUACUUGACUGGACCAGUGAUGCAUUCAAGGAUUUUGGAGACUAUGGGGAGAAAGGAAACGAUGUCAUCAACUCACGAAUGUAAUCGGAGAUCACCGUUAAUUUAUCUGACACUGCAUUUAUUUAUUAUUCUUGGUAUUUAUUUUUCAGGCAGCUGAGGAAAACGCACAGCGAGGGCGUCAACCUUUUUUUUACUACAUUGUUGACACGUGUGUUUUUCUUUUUGAACCGUCGGACUACUGUGCCUUUUACCAAAUAGGAUGUGUUUGUUUUUUUUGUUUUUCAGAAGGAACAAUUGGUGCUGGGAGUGCAUUUCUAUUAUGUUUUGAUUGUUUGCUUUUAAAACAACAACAAAAAAGACAACAGCACAACACAUCUUGACAGUAGUCGCCUGGAACAUACUGGACAGUACUUGUAACAUAACAUAACAGCGUCCUGCACACUCAUUAGCCUAAUAGCGUAAAUGACCAAGUCAUUUUUCCACGUUUUCCAGGAAACAAGAGUUCAAUUUAACCUUUGCCAGUACCACGAAACACUGGUCAUUUUUACUGGGACUUUUGCAGUAAGUUCAAAAUAUUACACAGGUAUUUAUGCUAGUCAGCUAAUGAUUGUUAGCUGACUAGCAAAAACAUUUUGAAUAUUGCUGUAAAUUUGGUUCAAAUUUUGCAGAUAACCAUAACUGACAAUCUACAAAUGCUGACUUUGCCAAUUGCGCUACGCUAACGAUCUGUUCCAAUUCAUAAACAUGCCUCCAUCUUGUCAGCAGAGGCUAAUCUGCUAGCCUUUUAUUUUUUUCCCCUGCUUCCGCCCGAAUUGAGGGAUCGAAGGAGGCGCACUGAAGGCUGAUGCAACUGCAAAACUUGAAAUGAUAGAAAAAUG